UCAUCACUCACCCUAUCCCCGACCCGAUUUAAUUCCUCGCUCAUUCGCCCACCAUGCCUGGCUCGCUGUCCCUUUUCUCCGUCAAUGCCGUCCUCAUCAUGUCGGCCGACGAUGGCUCCCGCAUCUUCGCCAAGUACUACUCUCCUCCUCACCCCCCGGCCGGCGCUGCCCCCAACUCGACCGAUUACCCCGGAGCGAACCCCUAUCCCACCGUGAAGGAGCAGAAGGCUUUCGAGCAGGGCCUCCUCGACAAGACGAACAAGCAGACCAGCGAUGUGAUCCUUUACGACAACCGGAUCGUGGUUUUCAAAAUGGAGAGCGACGUUAUGCUCUACGUGGUUGGAAGCGCCGAUGAGAACGAAGUCUUGCUUUACAACGUUGUUCUGUCUCUGAGAGAUGCUCUUGGAAUCUUAUUCAAGGGUGCCACUGACAAGCGCACGAUCGUCGAGAACUACGACCUAGUCGCCCUGGCUAUUGACGAGAUCAUUGACGACGGUAUCAUCCUGGAAACGGACCCCGUCCUGAUCGCCUCGCGCGUAAGUCGCGCUCCCGCCCCCGAUGCGCCCAACUUGAAGAGCAUCGAUUUGUCGGAACAAGGUCUGCUCAAUGCGUGGGAGCUCGGCAAGCGGCGUCUGGCGGAGGGUCUGCGGCAGAUGUAAAAUGGGGGAUGCGUGGUUAUUGUGGUAUUUCGAUUCUGAUGCAUGAGGACGUGCUUUGUCUUCGAUUUUCUAAUGUGUCUUGCUGUCAUGUUCUCUGGCUGGUCCUGGCGUUAUUGUCCGCAUGGUAUUUCAGUUUUCUUGUUAUGUUCAUUCGAAAGAGAUACCAUGACCUUGAUGAAAUCUCCGUUUCAGGGAUUUGGCUCAUUAUAGAUAUUUCCUACGAUGUUUUCACGUGAGUUCAGACGUUGUGCCCUGCAUGCGGCAUUGUGAGGCGAGUAUGUCAUAAAACCG